UAUCCCUCCUCACUCCACACUGACAGCAGCUCUCAUCCCCACAGCCCAGCGCUGCUGAAGCAUUCAGACUCACACACAGACUCUGAGUGGCAUCUCCAGCUCUCUCCAGGAAGCCCUUGGACUGCUGCAGGCGAGGAUGAGGGUGUGGUCAUGGGAGCUGUUUGGGGAGACAGGUGUGGUCCUCCUCGGCUUUCUGACGCUGGCCACGUCUGUAGGGAACCUCUCCUCCAGAGGCCUGCAGUGUCCCGUGUCCCCGUCCCUGUCUUCAGAUGAUUACGUCCAUAUCUCCAGCAACCCCUGUGACCUCCACUGCACCACCACCGACGGCCAGAGGCAGCUGAUGGUGACGGCGCGAGACGGCACGUCCUGCAAGUACAGCAGCUACCGGGGCGUCUGUGUGGAAGGUACGUGUGAGCCGAUCGGCUGCGACGGCGUUCUGUUCUCAUCCAACACUUUGGAUAAGUGUGGCGUUUGCCGGGGAGACGGCAGCAGCUGCAGCAGAGUCACCGGCAACUUCCGGCGAGGAGCCACCACUCUGGGUUAUUCUUUCAUCACCCAAAUCCCUGAGGGGUCCUGGGAUAUCCAGAUCAUCGAGAGGAAAAAGUCAGCCGACGUUCUCGCGGUGACCGACCAGGCGGGAAACUUCUUCUUUAAUGGCGCCUACAAGCUGGAUAGUCCCCAGAACUUCCAUGCAGCAGGAACCAUCUUUAAAUACAGACGGCCCAUGGACGUGUAUGAGACCGGGAUUGAGUACAUCGUUGCCAAAGGUCCCAUCGACCAGGCGAUAAAUAUUCUGGUGUGGAACCAGAACGGCCGAACGCCUUACAUCACCUACGAAUACACUGUCCUGCGGGACUCCCUGCCUCCUGUUCCUCCUCCUCCGGUCUACACGGGAUCAGACGCCUCAGCUGGUGAGGCGUCUAUGGAAGAAGAUGGCGUCACGCCCCCUAAUGCCAGUGUUUAUGACCAGGACGUCCCAGGAGGCCAUUUUGGGACGGAUGAGGCAGAUGGACAGAAGGGUCAGGAGACCAACGAGGUGUUUGAAGAGACCACAGCAAUCGACUGUGAUGAGGACAAAGCGGGCGUACCCAAAGCUCCAGGGAACCAAAGCAACAGCACCAUCAAACCUCCCCCUGCGGGUGGACCUCUGGACUCUGCUCCAGACUCCACCAACCUCAUCUGGAGGGUCCUGCUGGACGGACGGAUGAGUCCAGACGAGCUGCUGAUCAACAUCUCCACCAAUCAGCUGCUGACGGAGGGGGACGCUCUGUUCCCACCCGGGAUGGGCCUGAGCGACCCGGAGCGGGACGACCCGCUGGACCUGAACGAGACCCUGGAGUUCGCUCUGGGACACAGAGGCAACGACAGCGGAGACGACCAGAACAGAACCGCCCAGACGGGCGCGGGCCGUUCCAACAGAACCAGGGGGAAUCAAAGGUUUUACCAGAAGAACCUGAAGCUGAGUGCUGCUGACAUGUACCGCUGGAAACUUUCAUCCCAGGAGCCCUGCAGCAUGACCUGCUCUAUAGGCGUGUCCAAGUCCUUUGUCACGUGUGUUCGCUACGAUGGGGUGGAGGUCCAUGAUAUGUACUGUGAUGCUCUGACCAAACCGGAACCGGUCCAUGACUUCUGCAUUGGUAGAGAGUGUCAGCCGAGGUGGGAGGCGAGCAGCUGGAGCGAGUGCUCCCGGACCUGCGGGGAGGGAUUCCAGUUCCGUCAGGUGCGCUGCUGGAAGAUGCUCUCUCCAGGCCUGGACAGCUCGGUCUACAGCGACCUCUGCACCAUGGCUGACCUGGAGAGGCCGUUGGAAAGGCGAGCCUGUAAGAGCCCCACCUGUGGCCCCCAGUGGGAGGUAGCAGAGUGGACUGAGUGCCCUGCUAAAUGUGGACGUAAGGCUCAGGUGACCCGAGACGUCCGCUGCUCCGAUGAGACCAGACCAUGUGACCCCAUGACCCAACCACCAAACGUAAAGAAUUGCACCGGACCGCCCUGCGAACGCCACUGGACUGUGUCAGAGUGGGGCCCGUGUUCUGGCUCCUGUGGCCAUGGCAGGACGGUCCGCCACGUCUACUGUAAGACCCCAGAGGGCCGUGUGGUUCCUGAGAACCAGUGCCCCCCAGAGAACAAGCCUCUGGCCAUCCAUCCCUGUGGAGAGAGGGACUGUGCUCCACACUGGCUGAGCCAAGACUGGGAGCGGUGCAACACCACAUGUGGCCGUGGCGUGAAGCGGAGGAUCGUCCUGUGCGCCGGCAUCAGCGCAGGAAAGUUCGUCACCUUUGACGAAGAGGCAUGUGGAGCCAACGAGAAGCCUGAAGAGGAAGCCACGUGCUUCGAAAGGCCGUGCUUCAAAUGGUACACCACCCCCUGGUCUGAGUGCACAAAGACAUGCGGCGUGGGAGUGAGGAUGAGGGACGUGAAGUGUUACCAGGGCAGGGAGCUGGUCCGAGGCUGCGACCCGCUCACCAAGCCGGUGGCCAAGCAGACAUGCACCCUGCAGGCCUGCCCCACUGAGCCCCCAGAUGAGAGCUGCCAGGACCGACCCUCCACCAACUGCCUGCUGGCUCUGAAGGUCAACCUCUGCAGCCACUGGUACUACAGCAAGGCCUGCUGCCACUCCUGCCGAGCCGUUCGACCGUAGGCGUCCGGGACACCCCACUGCAGCAUCCAGCUCUCAGCAUCACCAUGAGGAACCACAUGGCGCUUCCUGACCUGAGAGGGGCGCUGUAAUCUUUAUGCAUACCGUGCACAUUCUCCCUUCCUUCAAGCCCGCUCUGAUUAAACCUUUAUCCGGCUUUCCAGUUAAAAUCAUUGUUGAUUAUUUUGUACCCUUUUGUACGGAAGCCCACAGGGGUCGUCUCCCUUUGAUACUUUUUCAUUGUAGAUUUCUCGAGAAAACAAGUGAAUUUUAUCAUUAUCUAAAGAUAACGAAAGCCAUUUUCUCGUGAUUACGAGAUGAAUGGUUUGUGUUAAAACUGAUUACAUCCUUCAAUACCACAACAGUAGGAGAGGAUUUAUAAGUCAUGGCGGCCUAUGUGUAAUUCUGUAAAUAAUCCCGUGUUUAAGUUUUAGGUAACGAGACGAUGUUGCUGGUUUGAUGAUUUGCUUCCACUUCUGAUUCAUAAAGCUGUAUAAAUAUUUUUGCCAUUUACGGGCGGAUUCUCCAGCUGUGUAAGAAUUUUCCGAUCGGGCCAACUUUCAGCCUGAUGGUGCGUAGUGUAGUGUACGGGGGUAACAAGGGCCGAUCUGCCUCUCACGACCACCUCCCCAUCAGGAGUCGUAAGGUCGGGAGAAAACCAAACAUGUUUGAAAUUCAGUCGGCCAUCUUAAGGUGGUCGUGGGCAAAUCGCUCAGUGGGCAAACAAGGAUUCUUCUUCUUCUUCUCAAAAGGAAAACCCAGCAGCAUGGCGGGGGUGCAAGUGAAAUGAAGUUCUUUCUGAAAAACUGACAGACCGUAGUAGCCACGUUAGCUCAGCCAUGUCUUUGUCCAAAUACGUCGUCUCCUUUUCUUUUUAGGGCUUUCAGCACUAAAUUGCCCAAAUAUCCAAGGCAGCGCGUUUCACUCUA